GAAGUCAACAACAACAACAACAUGUGGACAUUGUGUGACAUGGAUGAUGGAUGAGUUCUGUAUAAGUAGAUCAGUGAUGAUUGAUAUUGAUAAAUAAAUAGAAAUCUAUUUUUAUAAUUUAAUGUUCGUCAUCCCAGGAUUAACAUUCCCACUCAGAAUAAAUUUGGAUGAGCAGUUGGAUGAGGAUGGAUGUAGAUGGAUGGUGUAGUGGUGGUGCUGGGGGGGGUCUGUAGCUGGGGGUUAUUACACUAUUGUCCGCCCUCUUAAUCCGGUUGGCUCAGCGACUGCCCUCAGGCCAAUUUGUCAGUGGUUGGCGGAGCUGCCAAUCACACGGGAGCCUCCUCUCCUCCUCCUCCUCCUCCUCCACCUCCACCCCCUUGCCCACCUCCUCCCGCUGCUGUUGCUGCUGCUGCUCCUUCUGCUCAGCUCUGUGGCAGCAGAACAUCUCAGUCUCUGUGUGGAGAGAUUUGACAGAGAGGAGGGAUCCUCCAGUGGAACCUUCACAGCGCUGCAACACACACACACUUAUACACCUCACACAAACGCGUGUAAAGGCUCGGUGAAAUCCGGACACACACAGCAACGGAGCGAGAAGACGCAUGUGGAGACAUUUUCUUCCCAUCAGUCUGAUUAUUUUGUGCAUGUCAGGAGAAGAGGAGGAGGAAACUGGUCGCCGGCUCCGCGGCUGCUCGUCUUUUCUCACCGCGUCUCUCAAUGUUCGUCUCCCUCUCUAAUUAAUCGGAGGCAUGUGGAAUCGCAGCAGGAUUAGGAAUUGCUUCCCAAUAGUGUGUCUGCUGCUGCUGACGUUAUGGACGGAGGUGUCCCAGUCAAGCGGCUAUUUCGAGCUGCAGCUCAUCUCCGUGGAGAACGUCAACGGCGAGUUGGCGGACGGCGAGUGCUGCGACGGUCCCCGGAGCUCCCAGGACCGGCGCUGCACCCGGGACGAGUGCGACACUUACUUCAAGGUAUGCCUGAAGGAGUACCAGAUGGAGGUCACCACCGGAGGGACGUGCACCUUUGGAACUGGAUCUACACAAGUUCUCGGUGGAAAUAUGUUUUCUUUUAAGACCAGCGGGAAGAGAAACCCCAAUAAAAUGGACGAGGCCGGGAAGAUAUUGAUCCCCUUCCAGUUCUCGUGGCCGCGGACUUACACCGUGAUCGUAGAAGCCUGGGACUGGGACAACACCACACGCAACACUGACGACGAGCUGCUAAUCGAGCGCAGCACUCACGCCGGCAUGAUCAACCCCGGCGACCCCUGGCAGACCAUCCUGCACGACGGGCCCGUGGCUCGUAUCUCCUACCGCCUCAGGGUUCGAUGUGACGAGAACUACUUCGGCAUCAAGUGCAACAAACUGUGCGUCCCCCGCGACGACUACUUUGGCCACUAUCGCUGCGAGCCGUCUGGGGCCCCAGUGUGUCUGGACGGCUGGAUGGGCCCGGACUGCACCAAGGCCAUCUGCAGACAGGGCUGUGACCUGGUGCGUGGCGGCUGCAGUAUUCCAGGUGAAUGCAGGUGUAACUACGGCUGGCAGGGCCAGUUCUGUGACGAGUGCGUGCUCUUCCCCGGCUGUGUCCACGGCACCUGCAACCUCCCCUGGCAGUGCAAGUGUGAGAGGAACUGGGGGGGGCUGCUGUGUGAUAAAGAUCUGAAUUACUGUGGUCGUCACCUUCCCUGUGUCAACGGAGGAACCUGCAUGAACACGGAACCAGACCAGUAUCACUGCGCCUGUCCUCCGGGCUACACCGGCAAGAACUGUCAGAUCGCCGAACACGCCUGCGCCUCCAACCCCUGUGCCAACGGAGGAACGUGCCACGAGGUUCCAACAGGGUUCGAGUGCCUGUGUCCGUCCGGAUGGGGGGGUCCGACCUGUGCCAACAAUUUGGACGAGUGUGCAUCCAACCCAUGUGCUGGAGGUGGAACCUGCAUCGACAGGGAGGACGGGUUUGAGUGCUUGUGCCCCCCCCAGUGGGAAGGGACGACCUGCCAGAUUGAUGUAAACGAAUGCGCGGGGAAACCCUGCGUCAACGCUAACUCUUGCAAAAACUUGAUUGGUGGAUAUCUCUGCAACUGUUUUCGGGGAUGGUCUGGACAAAACUGUAACAUCAGCAUGAAGGGCUGUCACGGCCAGUGUCAGAACGGAGCCACGUGCAAGGAGGUUGCCAGGGGUUACCACUGUCAGUGCCCCCCGGGCUUCGUGGGCACCCACUGUGAGAUCCAGAGGAAUAAAUGCGACAGCGGGCCGUGCCAGAACGGCGGCCGCUGCCACGCGGUGUUGGACGGCUUCGUGUGUGAAUGCCUUCCAGAGUUUGGAGGACAGCUGUGCGAGAUCUCCAGCUGGACCACCCCUGACUCCUGUGACCCCAACCCGUGUCAGAACGAGGCCCAGUGUCACAGCAUCAACCAGGACUUUUACUGCGCCUGUCCAGAAGGUUUUGAGGGCAAAACCUGCGAGCGGCUCAAAGACACCUGCCUGACCCCACCUUGUCAAGUGAUUGACAGCUGCACUGUUGCCGUGGCUACAAACGACUCGGCAGGUGUACGACACGUUUCGUCCAACGUCUGUGGACCGCGUGGACGGUGCCUCAGUCAGCCAACGGGGAACUUCACCUGCGUCUGCGAUCAGGGUUUCAGUGGAAUGUACUGUCACGAGAGUGAGUCUGGAUGCAUCAGCAGCCCCUGCAGAAACGGGGGCACGUGCAUCGACGGCAUCAACUUCUUCCAGUGUUUCUGCCCUGACGGCUGGGAGGGUCGACUGUGCGACCACAAUGUUAACGAGUGCAGACACAACCCCUGUAAGAACGGCGGCCGCUGCAUCGACCUGGUGAACGGCUUCUACUGCGAGUGCGCUGACAACUGGAAGGGCAAGACCUGUCAUUCCCGUGAGAACCAGUGUGACGCCACCACCUGCAGUAACGGAGGCACCUGUUACGACCACGGUGACGCUUUCCGCUGCGCGUGUCCUCCAGGCUGGGGAGGGAACACCUGCAACACGGCAAAGAACAGCACCUGUGCCUCCAGUCCUUGCUCCAAUGGAGGGACCUGUGUGGGUGGAGGAGACACUUUCACCUGCAUCUGCAAAGACGGCUGGGAGGGCGCCACCUGUGACCAAAAUAUAAAUGACUGUAACCCUCAUCCAUGUUACAACGGCGGGAUCUGCGUGGACGGAGUCAACUGGUUCCUGUGCGAGUGCGCCCCCGGCUUCGCCGGACCAGACUGCAGAAUCAACAUCAACGAGUGUCAGUCUUCGCCCUGCGCCUACGGAGCCACGUGCGUGGACGAGAUCAACGGCUACAGGUGCAUCUGCCCGCUGGGACGAACGGGAGCUCGAUGUCAGGAGUUCAUCGGCAUCGGGAGGAACUGCCACUACGCUGGGCUGCAGUUUCCUCACGGCAGUCGCUGGGAGGAGGAGUGCAACAACUGUCACUGCAUCAACGGCAAAGUGCAGUGUACAAAGGUCGUGUGUGGUCGUCGCCCGUGUCUUCCCCAGUCGUCGUCUUCUCAGAGUCAACCGUCCUGCCCGGCUGGACAUGAGUGUUUGAAGCACAACUUCUUCACCUGCUUCUCCCCCCCCUGCCACCAGUGGGGGGUCUGCUCCACGUCGGGAGCCUCCCUCCCACAGGUCACCACCAAGUGCCAGCCGAACAGCGGGCAUUUGGACAACAGCUGUGUGCGGAUGACGCUCGUCUUCAACCGGGACAAAGUACCGGCGGGAACGACAGUGGAGAACGUCUGCUUCGAGCUGACGUAUCUACCUGGAAUCCGAGGCUUGGCACAGGACCACGCUCUUCUGCUGCUCUGCGACCGCUCUCAUUCCAAUCAGGAUUCUGUUGAGGUGGCGAUAUCGUUCCACCCAGAAGAUCUGAAGGACCACAGUCUGAUCAGGAUGGUGGCCAGCGCCAUAGAAGGAGCCUUAACACGGUGGCACAACAGUACCACAAUGGCAGCGGUGACGGAGGUCAGAGUGGAAACACAGGUCACACACCUCUCAGUGGAUUACCUGGUGCCCUUGCUGUGUGUCCUCUUUUGUCUGCUCUGCCUCUUCUGCAUCAUUGUCUGCAUUUGGUGGACGCGCAAACGGAGAAAAGAACGAGAGAGGAACAACCGACCGGCGACGGACGAGAACGUGAACAACCAGUGGGAGCCCGUGCCUCUGGUCAUGGGACGGCAGCAGCUCAAAGAAAGCAACAAGGAGGCCGAGCAGGAGCGUAAGAGGCUCAUGGAGUCCUCCUUUCGGACGUGUGAUGGAGCGGAGGAGGGGGAGGAGGAAGACGAGGAGGAGGAGGAGGAAGAAGAAGAGGAGACGGAGGCUGAGUUUGAGUAUGAGGAGGAGUGCGAAGGAGCAGUGGGGCAGGAGCAGCCCGUCUAUAAGUAUUCUAAGACUACAGUGCAGUCCAGCGGGGGGGUGAUCUGCACCCUGCACAGCUCCCCGUCACCUCUCAAAGAUCCCCACCGAACCCUAGGCUACAGCACCAAAGACAUCCACUGGAAAAAUGUCAGUGCGGUCCAGGAACUAAGAGACCACUGCGUAUAAGACACGUCGGAGAAAAGAAUUCGCCACGUGGCAGCGAGAGACUCCGCGAGUCUGCAGCCAAUCGUUUUUUUGGUUGUGUUUUUUUUUUCACCCUAAUUUUGAAAAAGAAAACCAGGCUUUGUGUUUCAACAAGCUCUUCUUUGUUUUGACGUUUUGGUCAGUGUCACCUGAAGCUGUUUGUUUUUGUUGGAUUCAGAAAGCUGGAGCACAGUGAACAUCUUUUUUUUUGGCUUCUGUUUGCCUAUAUUUCUUUAACUUUGUACAGCAAGAGGUGACGUUUAUUUUUAUUUUCCUGAAUGGAGGCAGAAGACGCUCUCUGCGAUAUUUCUUUUUUGUUCAUGGAUUUGUACCAGGCACAGUAAAGAGGAGUCACAGAAAAACAGAUGAAACUACAACUUGUAUAUCCGUUUUGUUUUUUUGUUUUUUUUUCUUUUGGUUUUGGUUGAUAGAUUAUGAUUUGGUUGGACUUGUCUACCAGGGGGAGACGGAUAUUUCUUAAAGGGACAGUGAUGGAAGAGCUUUAAGAGGAGAAACCGUAUAGUUGCAGCCACAGCGACAGUAGAAAACCUUCCCAUCGCUCUGUCUCUGUGCAGCUUUGUCCACAUGUGGCCGUCAUGCACCUGCCUUACCAAAAUACUCUCUGGCCUGGAGGGGGGAGGGGACCCAAACCCCAGUGCCUACUAUGUGGCCUUCCAUUGUUUUCUAAGUGUUUUUUUUUUCUCCCGUUUCAGUUGUUUUGGCUGAAAGCUCUGUUCGAGGACUUUUUUGCAGUAUUUGAGUUGGUAGCAAGUGCCUUUACUGAGAGCUGUGUCCAAGCUCCGAGUCGCGCUGCCCGGUUUCACCUCCUCGGUCUCAUAUCACAAAGGGAUGUUAGGUUCAAACACAGGAAAGAGAGUUCAAUUUCACAGCAACGCCAUUUAAGGUAUUUGAUCGAAGCAGAAACAAAUACACUGUACAUACGUGUAAAUACUAAAGGAGUCGCUGUGUAUAUUUGAAAUAAGUAACUUAAAGACAAGUCACACAUUUUUAUUAUUAAUAUUUUUGUUAUUAUAAUUAAUAUUAUUCUUAUUUCGUUUCUCUUUUUUUUUUUUUUUUUUUUUACAAUGCCAUUCCUUUUAUUUAUGCCAGUCGAAGUAGGCAGGUUUUAUAACACUUCAUAUCCAGUUCCACAGUCAAGUACUUCCACCGUGAGGUCCCACCACGAAGGACUUUCUGAAGGGUUUAUCAAUGGGUUUGCAGCUGAGGACACUUUUUUUUCCGUGUAAAAAAAAAUGGAUGUAGCCUUAAAUAUAAACAUUACUUUAAAAAACACGAUAAAGGUUUUGUCAAUAGAAGAUUUCAUCUCUAUUUUACUUUAAAUGGGAUUCUGAUCUGCUGCUGCGCUUGCAUUUUCUUUUGACGUUCAUAUAUUUUUUAGUUUUUCACAAUAAGGUGAGCUUUUACUGCUCUCUCAUUUUAUGGAAACACGGUCCAUUAUUUGUUAUAUUUAAAUAACUCAAAUUGUUUUAAAAACUUAAAACAACUUUUUUUUAAGUCACUUGUAUGCUUAAAACGCAAAAAAGCUCAAAGUAAUUGCUCACAUUUUUAUUUUUACGAUUUGUCUCAUUUUUAUCUUUUAUUUCCUUUGCAGUCAGUGUUGAGAAGCUGCUGAUGUUUUACUGCAGCAGUAAAAAAAAAAAAACAAUCACCCUGAGACCAUUGUAAACCCAUCACAAAUGCCUUCAGUUUCAGGUGCCUUGGUGUAUGGAGUACUGCGUUAUUUGUGUAAUCAAUCAUCUUGUUCUGUCGUUGGUUUUUUUUUUUUUGCGUCAUUAAGGAAAAAAAUCUUGUGUGUUGUAUUGUGGCGUGUUCUAUUCGCCUGAGUUCAAAUGCUCUCCUCUGACUCUGUCAUCACAGAGACACCCGGAACAAAACACUGACAGCCAAUUAGGAAGAACAAAAAUCAGGAGGAGUCAGAGGUCAAACAGACGUCUGUAGUUCGAGUUAACUUCGUGUUUGGUUCAAAGGCUUUAAUGAAGGGAUCAAUGUUUGCCCGUUUUUUUUUUUUAAGUUACCAACUCGCUCUCAAAUUCACACUUUUUUUUAUUUUUUUCCCAUCAGGUCACGUCUUUUUCUCAGAGCGCCAUGGUGUUUUCUGUUAAUGGGGCACAGCAAAAACAAAGAACUAAAGAUGCAUCACCGCUGGUGUUAAAAAGCUGAAUAAUGCAUAUUGUAUACAUUUUAUUUCUCACAGGACGAUAAGUUGAUUUUGUACAAAGCAGGAGAAAAAAGUUUCCAUUCUUUUAGUGGAUGUUGAAUUGUUCUAAAUAAUGAUCCCAGUUAUUUAUUAAAGCAGUUUUGACACAUAA